UUGUUCAUACAGGAACCACCACAGUUUACAAAAGCAUUGCCCGGUGAUAUUGGUGAAGUGGAGGAAGGCGAGCCGUUGCAUUUGGAAUGCCAGAUUGUGCCAGUCAGUGAUAAUACGCUGCAGAUUUAUUGGCUCAAAGAUGGCAAACCCAUUCCAACAGGACACCGAUUCCGUACUUUUCAUGAUUUUGGCUUCGUAUCGCUAGAUAUUUUGGACGUUUAUGCAGAAGACUCAGGCACGUACACCUGUGUUGCGAAAAACGCUCUUGGACAAGCGGAAUCUACGAUCAGUUUCACGUGCAGAGAUAGGACACCGGACUAUUUACUGGAUAACACUGAAAGUAGCUUAAUUUACAGUUCAUUUGGAACUUCAAUUUCAGCCAAGGAACGAAUUCUUGGCCAAACACAACAUCCAAGUAGCGUUGCGCGAAUCCAGGAAAUAGAAGCACCAAAAGCGGCUCCUGAAGAGAUUCCAGAUGCAGCAAAAGAAGCACCGCGAUUUAUCAAACAUAUCGGAACCGGUGAAAUGAUGUACGUUACUGAAGGCGACAGUGUUUAUCUGGAAGCACGAGUUUCGCCGGCUGAUGACAACUCGCUAACCGUAUGUUUCCCUAAUUUCCCCGUUCUGUGUAUUUUCAAAGAUAGCGGUACUUACACGCUUGUUGUAAAAAAUGCCGCUGGUGAAGCUCAGUCUGUAGCCGAUAUCGAUUGCGCCGCCAAGGGCAGCAUGAUAACUGAAUCGUUCCAUCCCAAUUCAGUCCAACGUAUUCGUGAGCUUGAAAUGCCACUGCAACCACCAGAUGAGCGUCCAGAAGCUCCCAGAAUGGCACCGCAAAUAGUACGACCUUUGCCACCGCAGCUGGAUAGUAUUCACGAAAGUCAAACAUUGCAUUUGGAGGCCCAGAUCCUGCCGGUCGACGAUAAUCAGCUUAAGGUUGAAUGGCUUCAUAAUGGUUAUCCAUUGAAAGCUGGUAGCCGAUAUCGCUUAAUGAACGAUUUUGGUUUUGUUUCACUGGACAUUGACUAUGUGAUUCCAGAAGAUACUGGGACAUAUACGCUGGUUGUUACAAAUCCAGAAGGUUGUUGA